GAGCCAUACUCCCGUCGGGACCUAUGGUACCUAAACCGACAGGGGCCACUCCGUCCGAACCCUUGCAUCCGCCUGUCCCAGCCGAAUCUCAUCGAUCACCUCAAACGACCAAGUCUCACACCGGGAAAUCCCAAGAAGACACGCCUCUCCCAACCGAAUCUCCACAUAAACCCAGUGAAACCCCCAGUCCCCCUGUCCCAAUCCUCGAUAGACUCCCAGGACUCAAACAUCACCGAGAAUACAAGAUCGACAACACCACUGCCUCCCAGCUAUUCACCAGCUAGUCAGAGAUCUCGUUACUCCCAGCCCAAUCUUCCCACCCUCAUGAUUCCAUACAGCAAUGACAAUUCAAGGUCCAGUGCAUCGCCAGACAGGCGAUACAGAAUGUCCCAGCCAACGCUCAAUUCCAGUUUCUCUGGUUUCAAUUUCGUCGGCUCGAAAUUCUCGUACAACAGUCUACGUACGUCGGGUGAUGUCUCGAUUAAUUAUCAGGUCAAGGAGAACAGACUGUCGACGCCGAACGUUCAUUCUUACGUGGAGGGGAUGAAUGUUGGGAGGAAAUUGAGUGGUCAUCAUGGAUCACCCUCGAGAUUGGCCUUCGGGCCGGCCACCAAGAGGGAAAGACUCUCACAACCGACAUUGAUCACUGGGGAUUAUUACCCAGGAAAAGUUCACCACCAGAGGCUGUCGUAUCCCUGCCUCUCCACCUGGAACGAACGUCCGACGAAUUUGCAUUCCCCGAUAAAACAGAAACGUUUUGGCCCGUCAAAAGUAAAAGUGAGUCAACGAGAUCGACUCUCUGCCCUGGACUUUGGCUCCAAGUACAAGCCAAAGGACACAAAAAUUCGUGACCGAUUUUCGAUACCAGAGUUGGAGAGUCAGAACGAAUUGAAAUUGAUAGCUGGCACACCGAAGCAGAGGUUCAGCCUCGACAGCCAGUUGAAUCCUGAUGGUACGAGAGCAAGACGCCUGCUACCUUCGCCCAUAUCCGAGCACCAGACAAAGGACGAGAAGAGUAUUGCCCCGAGUGAUGGAUUAGAGGGGGUCAUCAUCGCCUCGACAACACCUCUCCUGCCGUCAUCCGAGAGGCAAUUUCUCGUGCCCAUAUUUAACAGUAAACCCCUGCCAGCACCACCACCUACACCAGUAGUUUCUCGAGAGAGAAUGUCAGUACCGGAGAUCAGGAACUCCAGCUUGAGGAGACUUCUGGAUCCUCCUGGCAGACAGAGACACAGUAUUUCAGCAUUUCGUCAGAGUCUCAUGAGCAUAGAGAAGAGUCCAGAGGGGAACGAGGCAAAAUCCGAGAUUAUCGAUCCACAAGAGGAGAAAAUCGAGAGGAAGAGCAUCUCCGUGGAGCCCCCAGUGCUCGAGGCCGACGAGACAAAGGUCAAACCCAUGCCUAAACACAUCCAGAAACAUUAUUCAUACACCUAUGAUACCAAGGAAGAUGCAAGACAGGUGAUUGGAAAACUCAUGGCUGGAAAACCCAGGAAAAAAUAUCUCGAGAGCAAUUUCGAUGAGAACGAGCAAGUCAUCACAACCGUUAUCGAGACUGAGAUACCCAUGAUUCUCAGUAGUCCCAAGUACAUGAAGAAGACUCAUGUUUACUCCAGCGAGCCACCCAAAUGGAUGAAGAAGUGUCUCGAGGGGGAUAAAAAAGUCGAGGAGACGUUGAAAAUUAAUCAGAAAAAUCGAACAUCCCCUGGGAAAAAGACAUCACCGGGCUCCACGUCGCCCGGAAAGAAAAUUAAAAAAGAGGGAAAAGAGGAAAAGGAUAAAAAAUACUUGUCGCAGGUUAAAGAUACGACGAUUCGAAUGAAAUCGACGAGAAAUCUUGGGGAAAAUAAAUACGAAGUCGCUGUUAGUUCUAAUAUAUCUGAAACUGAUAUCUGCAGGCUUUAUGGUAUUGAGUGUGAGUCUGAGAGUGAAGAUUCAACGUCUGUUUAAAUUAAUUUUAUUAGGUUUUAC